GGAACAGAACACAGCCUUUGUUGCCUGAGGUCUGUUGCGUCAUAGCUGUGGGCGGACGCUAGUGUAAUAAAAGGGGAAGGAGUGGUAAUCCCCAUAGCACGAGUCACACACACACAGCUUGCCAGAGCAGAAGAAAGCACGUCGCACAGCUUCCUAUCUAGAAAUGGAUUGCAAGAGCCACAAAGUGUCCUUUAUUCCUGCACUUUGAGCUGUUUUAUGUAUGAUUACAUACUAUCUCUCUGUUCCCCUGAACAUAAGAAGUGUGAGAGGCUAACAGCAACGCUGCGGAAACAAUUGAUUGACUUGAAGGAUUCCAUUGAAUAUGAAAGCCAAGCUGUACUGGAAAUCAAGGAGAACACUGUAGAGAUAACAGGAGGACAGAUUAACGUAAUGACAGCCUGGUCUAUGCUUGAGAAGCUGAGUAUGGAGACUAGUUCCUCCAAACAGAACAGGCGCGCUCAUGUAGAACCAGGCGACUGCAGCGCUGAAUCCGAGGACUGGACAAGUUCUGAGAGUGAGUCCGAACAAAUCCUCAACAGGAAGAAAGAGACUGAGACCCUGAACAAGCCACAUAGGCAGCUGUGCCGGUCCCCUUGUCUCGAACGGCCCAUUCUCUCCAAAGGUUGUGUCCUACAUGACCUUCCUAGUCAGGACAGUAAAUCCAAACCUGAUGAUGGGUGCAAGACUCCUAAUUUAGACAAGGAAUACCAGGCAAAGAUGGAUUUUGCCUUAAAGCUAGGAUAUUCAGGAGAACAGAUACAGACCGUGCUCAACAAACUAGGUUCAGAUGCUCUCAUCAACGACAUUUUAGCAGAACUUGUCAGACUUGGGAACAAAAGUGAAUCUGAGCCACAGCAGAGCGGGCUGAGUAGCACAGGUACUCUCGUGUCCAGGGGACAGUGUGCGAAAGAAAUCACAAGCCCGGAGCUGUCUUUGGAAGAUGAAGUUGUGGAUGAUUCGAACAACCUACGACCCAUCGUGAUUGAUGGAAGCAACGUGGCCAUGAGCCAUGGAAACAAGGAGGUGUUCUCCUGCCUUGGGAUUCAGCUGGCCGUGGAAUGGUUCCUGGAAAAAGGGCAUAAAGACAUCACAGUGUUUGUUCCUGCCUGGAGGAAAGAGCAGUCCAGGCCGGAUGCACCCAUUACAGAUCAAGAAAUAUUGCGUAAGCUUGAGAAGGAGAAAAUUCUGGUCUUCACCCCAUCUCGUCGGGUGCAAGGAAGGAGAGUGGUGUGUUAUGAUGAUCGGUUCAUAGUCAAGUUGGCUUUCGACUCCGAAGGCAUUAUUGUGUCAAAUGACAACUACAGGGACUUGCAGAACGAGAAGCCUGAGUGGAAGAAAUUCAUCGAGGAACGUCUUCUAAUGUAUUCGUUUGUGAAUGACAAGUUCAUGCCACCCGAUGAUCCUUUGGGACGUCAUGGUCCAAGCUUGGAUAACUUCCUACGAAAACGCCCUGUUAUUCCAGAACACAAGAAGCAACCCUGCCCGUAUGGAAAGAAGUGCACGUAUGGACACAAAUGUAAAUACUACCAUCCAGAACGUGUUAACCAGCCACAGAGAUCAGUAGCCGAUGAGCUCCGUGCCAGUGCAAAGCUGUCUGCCGUAAAAACCAUGAGCGAAGGAGCCCUGGCUAAGUGCGGGAUUGCCAUAACUGGGGUCAAAGGGGAAAUCGGCUCUGAAAUCAAGCGCGUCGCUCCAAAGCGCCAGUCUGACCCAAGCAUCCGGUCUGUCGCCUGCGACCCAGAGGAGAGGUUGGAGAGGCUAACGCCAGCCCGCAGACUGGAGACCAACUCCGUGCCUUCUUUGGUCUCUGCAACAAGUGUUCCGGCGUUUCAGCCCAACAAAGGCCAUGCAGCCGUCGGCCUGAGCACCAGGUCGGCCAGCAGCCCAGUGCCGUAUUCUAAGCAAUUUACCCAUCAGAAAUCCUCACAAGAGCAGGCGUCCAGUGUGCAUUAUCCGCCCAUUCUCGUAACCAACAGUCACGGGAAUUCCGUGAACUAUACGGAACCCUAUCCUAAAUACGAUUCGCUUGUGGACACUGGCUAUUGCUCCAUGAUGAGUGACUUUUCAAACUUAAGCUUAAACAGUAUGUGUAACCACGAGAAUUAUUAUGGUCUGGAUUCAGACCACAGUAUGUAUACCAGGAACACGAGCUCUCACUCAGACUCCUGCGUCACAAGCAACGACUCCUAUUCCUCUUUUGGCGACUUGGCGUACCUGGGCUCUGUAGAAGGUCCAGAGGACAAUGUGAAAGUCCAUCAGCCCCAGGCGCAGAGCAGGCUGCAGCCCUUUAUUCAUGGCUAUCAUGAACCUAUAACAAGAGUGCAGAGUUAUGGACCCGAGGAGCCAAAGCAGCCCCAGCGCAAACAAUCCAUCUCCCAUCUAGCUCCUCACAUGCAACAUCCCUCCAUUAGUGCUCGCUCCAGUUGUCCUGGGGACUACCCUGUUCCUCCAAACAUUCACCCAUCUUCUGCUAACCAGCCAGGCCGGGCUCUGGUGAUGACUAGGCUGGACAGUAUUUCUGAUUCUCGACUGUACGAGAGCAACCCAAUGAGGCAGAGAAGACCUCCUCUAUGCCGGGAACAACAUACCAGCUGGGACCACCUGCCGUGCGUCACAGAUUCCUACAGAUACCCUUCGUAUCCGUUGACUAAUAAUCUCAUGCAGCCCUCUUAUAACCCCGGAAUGUUCCGGAGCAUGCCGGAGAAGAUCGAGCAGAUCUGGCGGUCGCCAUGGCAGGGGGGGACUGUCGACCACCGAGAUCACCAGACCAUCCAGGAACACCAGUACCAGACGUAUCGUAACCUGUGUAACAUCUUCCCAGCGGAUAUUGUCCUCGCUGUGAUGGAGAAGAACCCCCACGUAAUCGAUCCACAGCAGCUGGCUGCAGAGAUCGUGGCCAAGCAGUUGCGUUGUGGACGGUAGAAGCUGACUGUUAGAAACGCUGAGGGUAAUUCAUAUUGAUAGGACAAACAAAAGGAAUGUCAAUUUAAUUAAUGCACAACAUUUGUGAAAUAAGAGCUAAUCCUCUGGGUCUUAAGAUGGUUGAAUAAUAACCAGGUUGGUUAUCUGUAAGAGUUGAGGCUUCUUUGAAGACGAUGUGAAUACCUUGCAUCCUGCCUUAUUCUGACUUUUUAUAAUUCUUUCGGUAGUUUAGCUUGUACUUCAAUCAUCGCCUUUUUGGGCUGUUAACUGCAAACGAGGAACUUAGAUAUCUAAAUCCUUGCUCCCUUUGGUCAGUCGUACAACUUGAAAUUUUAAGUAUGAUACAAGUUCACAGUGGAAGUAAACACACGAACGAAUUACAGAAUAUCGAAUGCAUGUAAGGUAUCCCAUUUUCUUCUGGGUUUCUCAACCACACACGGAAAGAGAACUCUUGGGAUAAGGCACUAAUCAUUUCCUUUAUUGUCUAUGUUGGCCAAUAAUCUCCUUUGAGGGCGGGAAUCUUGCAGCCAAAUGCCUUUUUAAAGCAUUACUUUGUCUUUCGGCUGCUCUGAUGUGCCGCUCUUUAAAGCAAUGUAUAUUUAUUAUUGCUGAACUCUGACAAGCUUGAUAUGUUUCAAGCUCGGUCUUGUUGACAAAAAAAGUUUUUUCAUGAAAGUUGAGAAGGUCCUUUUCGGGCCUUUUGUUUCUUCAUGAGAAGGUCUGACACUGCCUAAAUGUUUCUUCCUGUGAAACACGUGGAUUGUGAGGCUGCAGUCAGGGUUGUUUCUGGCAUUUUGCUAAUGGCUUGCCACACUGCUGUGUACUUGUUUCUAUUUCCUAUGAAGGUGACAUCAGUCGUAUGUCAGCGUUUCCCCGUGCAUUUGGUUUUUUUUAAGUUUAAAAACGAUCAAUUUCUUACAAAGUUGAAUGCGUCCAAAUUGACUUACCAGCUUUUCCCAGUGCGUUUUAAUUUACACAAUGCACUUCAUUGGUACUUUUCGGGCCUCUAAAAUGUUGAAACUGUAACAACGUGUAUCCACUAAAAUGCAGAGCAAGUACCCAACAAACUUUCUCCAAUACUCUUGUCUGCGAAGGCAGAUUUUUCUUAUGGUUAAUAUUUGAAUCAUAAUCACUUGGAUUGUAUAUCUGAAACUCACUUGUGGCUUUCAUUUCAACGCAGCAAACAGCAAUGCCUGGAAUGAUCAGAAAUGACCUUUGUUUGUUGAUACAAAUUGUAUCUCUUUUCUUGAUUGUAGAAAAAUUAUUUAUGAAAUGUACAGUUAUCAUCAGUAGAAUUAGCUUUAUCAAAUCUUGCCACAAUGUUUGUGACACUGUGUGUCACUGGGAGUAGCCCAUGGAUAUGUAUGAAUUUUUACCGGGCACCAUAGUGUGUAGGCCUUUUUAAUUCAUGUUGUUUGGAUGUGCACACACAUAUUGUGUACAGUAUUAGCACUAUAAUUCGUCUUUAUUGCAAUGGAUUUGUAGGACUUAAAAAUAUUGUUACCAAUAGCUCAAUGCAGUCGGGGAUUUGUUUUUAUCCCGAUGUUUUGAGUGCAAAUUUACACUGACCAUUCGCCCGACUCUCUCUGCUUGUUAAACUGAGACUAUAGCCAACUUUAAAUACCACCAUCAGAUGAAUAAAUUCCAGAUUCCCUUAUCUGUCCUAACCAUACAAACUCUAAUAUCACAGGUAUAUUUACCUAACAGCAGGACUGAGUAGCGUGCUCUUUAUUUCUCUGCCCAGAGACGGGCCAUUUUGUGUCUGCAAUUCCAUCCUUCAAACCCUGUUGAGUUUUGUUUUUAAUUAAUAUGGUGCUCAAAUGGAAGAUACUGGGACUCUUAAGCUCCCAACAUUCAGAUUGGCAAUUGGGAGCUUCAGCUCUAAGCUCAAAAUAGUAUGCACUCAAUUCUUCAAUCGGACGGUUAUUCACUCUGUGCCCAGACACUGCAAGUGUAAAGAUUCUCGAGGCACUGCCACACAAGUACCGAAUGUCUUUCCUGACAUUAUUGCUCCUCUCCCUGUGUCUGACUGUGUAAUCGAGCGGGAUUUUGUCACCCUUCCGAAUAUUUAUCAAAAACAAAGGUAGAUCAUGAAUUAAGUUUAGUCACCUUAAUGGAAACAAUAUUUUUUUGGCCUUAUUACCUGUGUACCCCCAACAAAUUAUCCUAAUGCAGAGGGUUCCUGUCUUCUGUAGAGAAACUUUUGAACAAUGUUUCUUUAAAAGAAAUGUACGUUGAGUUUUAAGCUGCAGCCUCCUUUUGUUUGGUCUGUUUAAAUAAGAUUUUUGGGCUAACAAAUGGCCAAGUCUCUCCAUUGCUUCUUUACACAGUAAGGAAGCAAUGUCACAGUAGCCCUGCUUUGUGAUUCACUAAUGGUUAAGGGUUGUGUCAAUUCUAAACGGUUCAGUUUGGAGAGAAUUGUGUAUGUAGAACUACCAACAAGUUACCACACAGGGUUUGAAGUUUUCUGAUGAACCCAAUCAAAAUAAGUGCUGCGGCUUUAAACAGGACAGUGUUGAUAUUCAAAAGGUGGUUUUAAUAAUAGAUUUACAUGUAACAUCUUGCAUUUCCCAUGUGCAAAGCUUUAGAGACCCUCCACAGGGCAAGGUACAAGGCCUUCCCACGCUUCAUGUGAAUGGUUCUCUUUGCAUUCGGGAUGCAGUGUAAGAUGGUCUCUUCGAGCAGUUACAAAGGUCAGCUCCAUCUUCGGAGUAAAAUACAAGUAUUUGAAUGCAAACACUGUUGAUGAGGGAGAAUGCUCGUAUAUAACCUCUAUAGUUCAUAAAGCGGACUAUGUAAAAAGCUUGUAAAAAUAAUUUAGCUUGGUUAACUGCUUUCUCUUUGCUUCCUAUCUGGAGUCUGUACAUGUUCCCAGGUAGAGGAUGAUCUAAUAUGCAUAAGAAGUGUAUCAUAUUUGGUGAAACAUGUUUGAAGAUAUCAUUAUGUUAUGUUGUAGAGUACCAUUGUCCGGUUUGCGUAAUAUGUAGCCUGUUAUUGUGCUAUAAAUAUUAAGUAGUUUUAUUGAACUAGUUUAGCUUUGUUCUGUUCCUUAUAAAAUGAACAUGUUGGCUUUUAACUGUAGUAAAACAAAAACUCUUUGGGUUCGUUGACCCAAACAAAAUGUAAGUCUUAAUGACAAAGUGUCUCUGUCUCCUUGAGAAUUAAAAACGAAGGCAGAUGUGUUUUGGAGCAAUCUAUAUGAUCAAUACUUUUAAUGUAUGAUGCGUAUGGACAAUGUGUGUCAAUUGUGCCAUGUGUUGGAUAGUGUAAUUAUGCUUUUAACUUCAAAACCCAGCUCGCAGUAGCUGAUAUUUCAAUAGUGUUGAGAACCAUAACAAAGCUGCUACAAUUUGAAAUUUCUGUCACCAAGUGUUGUGACUGAUAUUGGGAGAGAAACGAAAGUUCUUGUAUUUUAUUUGAUAUCUUAGCAGCUUGUGUAAAGUGUAUAUUUAAUUUCAAAAAGGGUGCAUUUGUUAUGAAGCACUCCAUGACUUGUACAUAGAGAUCACUACAUUAUAAUACGUGCACCCAUUAAUUUCUAAACUUUUAUUCUACAAAUAGGCUUAUUUUAGUGGCUUGCUUCUGGUGAACGAUCUGGUAUUUCUGUAACAUCAGAAUUUGCUUUAAAGUGUCCUUUAAAAAGCAUUAUGCUUAGAAGUUUAGAAUUUUUCAGCGGCCCUACUCCGACUAUAGUUACACAGAAGUUAGAUUUCGCUUUGAAAAAAUGACACGAUUCUAGAUCAAGUAUAUAUUGGAUAAUUAAUAAUUAGUGAGUACACCCAUCAUUAGCAGGGUAAUUACAAGAAUUCACAUUGAUUUACGUGCCUUUUUUCAAACAAGAUUAUGUACUCAGACAGCUUCAAGUGGCUUUGUUUUGGUGCAUUAGAAUGUGUUCUGCAAUGAGAAUGUUGUAAUUUUACAAAGUAUCUGACAUUUGCAUGGAAUAAAGGUUAUCACUAGCAAAUACUGCCAUAAACAGGUUCACAUCUGUUACCAGUGCCAAAAUGUAAACCGUUUGCUCUGAAUUUUUUUAAACAUUUAAUUUUACUACACAUUAUUUGUGCUACCUGGAUUCAAUAAAAGCUACUUUUGUCUGGAA